AUGUAUGACAUUGGGGAUGAAUUCAGUGAAAGAGGCCAUUCACCGGAAGAACUACCGCAAAAGGAAAAACCAAAAGGGGAGAUUGACACCACUGCUGAGUGUGAGACUCAAAACGAAAAGGAAGAGCUCAAAGAGACAGUGGCCAACCAUGUGGCUGACAGUGAGGAGCCAGCGGAGACCCCACCAGAGACGCCACCAGAAGACACUCGCCCCUGCACUGCUCCACAGGAAGAUGUAUCAAAGAGCUUUCACUCCUCAGUUCAGGUGAUGAAAGUCCUGUUGAAUCCCAAGCUUGACCGGUGUAACAGCUUACCUGAAGUUUCCCCAGUGUACGGACGUAAACUGAGCACCUCAGCUAGAGGUCUCCUGGAUUGCCUCGCAAAGCUGCAGUUGAUAGACUUUGAUCCAAAUGACGAUGCAAACGCCAAGGACACAAGGUACAGAGAGCUAAUGAACAUCCUCCAGUCCCUUUGGUUGUGUGACCCAGCAGAAGGUGGAAAGCAACAGCAGAAUGGCUGUGAUCAACACUCUGUGGACGGUGAUGCCAAAGCGAGGUCGUCCUCUGGGGUGGACGUCAGCAGUGGCUCAUCAGGCUCAGGUAAGUGUUCAGGCGGUGUGGCUCAGGCACCGAACGCAGAGGGCGACGCAUUGGUGAAGGUACAAGAAGUUGAUGAAAGGGCACAGAAAGAUGAAUGCCCAGAGUCCUCAGCACCAAUGUCUGAUCCAGGCACUCCGGACAUAGCCAGUCAGGUCCAAUGGAUCCCUGAAGAAGGAGGAGAAGGAGGAGGAGAAGGAGAAGGCGGAACAGCAGUGGAAGAAGAGAAACAAAAAGAUGAAGACGUCCCGGCAUCUGAUGAUACCGUUAGAAAUGAAAGUCUGAGAGAAUUACCAGAAACACCCCCGUCUUCCAAUAAGAGCUCAGACCCUCAAGAGGACACAAGCUCUGGCUCGCCUCCGUCUGUCCAAAGGGCACAACUAACCAAAAAGGUUUCCCUGGAUCCUGAUCCUGUCUGGGUCUUGAAUUUACUGAACAAACUAGAGAAGCAGUUCAUGACACAUUAUGUGGAUGCCAUGGCUGAGUUCAAGGUUCGCUGGAACUUGGACAACAACGAACAGCUCGACGACAUGAUAGCCGAACUGAAAGAUGAUGUGCGGAGGAGAAUACAACUAAGCAUCGACAGGGAACUGAGGAAGAUCCACGGUCGGGCUGGAAGACCAAGACCACCCAAAGAAGCCUUGUCACGAGAAUCAACUGCACAAACAGAGACGAGGCGAAGAAGGCUGAAAGUCGUGCGUGACCAGUCCAUUGACAACCGGGUGGAUAAAAGCGACGAUGCAACCUGCACUUCUUUCAGUGACCAACGGAGCGACGAUGAAUAUUGCCCUUGUGAAACGUGUAUACAAAAGAAAAUGGAAUUGGGGCCACUGCUUCCUUCAGAAGUUCUGCAUACUGCACCAGUCAUGAUGGCUUUUGAUCUAAAGUCAAUUCUUCAGUUGAAAAAGGACCCUACUCCAAAGACACAAGACGUUGAUGUUACAGAAACUAUGAAUGAAGCCACAUUAGUGAAAGCUAGUAUUACACAUGCUUUUGAUCUAAAGUCAAUUCUCCAGUUGAAAAAGGACAGUCCGCCACAGAUACAAGAAGAAGUCAAUGUUACAAAUGAGGCUGAAGGUGUGGAUGAAGCCAAAGCAGUGGAAACUCCUGUUGAAAAUGUUAUCAACGGGGCUAAGAAGGAGAUGGAGGAAUCACAACAAAAUGAUGCUGAAAUGGGUGACAAAGCUGAGACAGCAGAAACUGAUGUGGAAGUGACAGCUGAAGAUGAAGCAGUAGAAGAGGGGGAAGCUGAAACAGAUACUGCUGAAAAUGAAACAGCAGAAGAAGAAACUGCUGAAGCAGAAAUUGUUGAAGCUGAGACAGCAGCUGAUGAAGCACAGGGAGAGGAGGUGGACGCUGAAUCAAAGAAUGCUGAAGCUGAGAUAGCUGAAGAUGAAGCAGAAGAGAGUGGUGAAGAGAGUGGUAAAGCAGAGACAGCAGCAGAUUAUGAAGCCAGGGAAGAGGGGGAGGUUGAAGCAGAGACAGCUGAAGCAGAGAUUACUGAAGAUGAAGCAUUAAAAGAAGAAACUUCUGAAGCAGAGACAGCAGCUGAUAAUGAAACAGCAGGAGAAGAGGAGGAAGCUGAAGCAGAAACAGCAGAAACUGAGACAGCAGAAGAUGAAGCAGGAGAAGAAGAAACUGCUGAGGCAGAGACAGCAGCUGAUGACAAAACAUCGGGAGAAGAAGAGACAGCUGAAGUAGAGGAAGCUGAAGAGGACACUGCAGGAGAGGAAGAAGUUGAAGCAGAAACAGGAGAAGAUGAAGAAGCAGCAGAAAAAGAAACUGAUAAAGUAGAGACUGUUAUAGCAGCAGGAUCAACAACAGGAGAGGAGGAGAGCACAGAAGCAGAGACAGCUGAUAAUGAAAUGGCAGGAAAGGAGGAAUCUGAAGCUAAAACUGCAGAGGCAGAGACAGCUGAUGAAACAGCAGGAGAGGAGGAGACAGCUGAUGCAGAGGCAGAAGCCGCUGAUGAGACAGCGGAAGCAGAGGCAGCUGAAAAUGAAACUGCCGGAGACGAGGAGAUUGCUGAGGCAGAGACUACAGAUGAUGGAACAGCAGGAGAAGAGACUGCUGAAGAAGAAGCAGCUGAAGGGGAGAAUGCAGGAGAGGAAGAAAGUGUUGAAGCUGAAACAGCUGGAGACGAAACUGCCAAAGAAGAGGAGGAUGCUGAAGUAGAGACAGCUGAAACGGUUGAAAAUGGAACAGGCAUAGAAGAAGAUGCAGAGAAAGCUGAAAAUGAAACAGCUGAAGGGGAGGAGGAUGCUGAAUCUGAGGCAGCAGAAGAGGAAGCUGCCAGAGACGAAGAGACAGUGGAGGCAGAAACCACUGAUGAUGCAGCAACGGAAGAGGAAGCAGAAAAUAAAACAGCAGGGGAAGAGGAGAUUGCUACAGCUAAGACUGCAGACGAUGAGACAGCUGGAGAACAUGAAACCACAGGGCAUGAGUCCGCAGAAAAUGAAACAGCUGGCGAUGAGUCUGCCGAAGUUGAAACAACUGGAGAUGAGUCGGCACCAGCUGAAACUGCAGGGGAAGGGACAGCUGAUGAUGAAACAGCAGGAGGGGAGGAGAGUGCUGAAGAUGAAACAGCUGAAGCUGAAACAGCUGAGGGAGAAGAGCAGACUGCCGGAAAUGAAACUGGAGGAGAUGAGAAUGAAAAUGCAGGAGAAGAGUCAGCAGAAGCUGAGGCAGUUGAAGACGAAGCAGCAAGAAAUGGAGCUAAAGAUGAAGCUGAGGAGAAUUUAGAAAAGGGGGAGGAUGAAACAGCAGAGGAAAAAGAGUCAGUAGUUGAGUCAAACAUUGAGGAGACGGAGGGUCAUGAUGACGUAUCGGAGAUAAAAGCAGACGAUGAGGCGGAGGAGGGAGCAACAACAGACCAAGAUAUGGUUCAGGAGGAGACAGGAACAGAACAAGAAGAGGACGCAAAUGCAGGAGACGAGGCAGGAGACAAUGCAGGAGACAAUGCAGGAGACAAUGCAGGAGACAAUGCAGGAGACGAGGCAGAAGAAGCAAAGACAAACGAAGUAAACACAGAGGACUUUGCAGAUGGAAGCCAAGACCAAGCCGAAGACGUUGUGGAGGAGUUUGAAAAAGAAGAAGAAGCGGAAACCACGGAGGGCAAUGAGACAGCCAAUGAAGAGGAUUGCUGCGGAAACUUUGGGUACUCAGCCGACGGAGAGGAUGAAGCUGAGGAUGAGUCUGAGUUGGAAGUGUCGACAGAUGAGGGAGAACAAUCAGAGGUGACAGCUAUCAGGGGGAACAACUUGAAGGAAACUGUUGAGGAAACUCCAAUGACCUCAUUCAAUGCCUUGGCCUUAGCAGAGUACUCUGAAGACGGUGCUUACGCCGACGUUGAGGAUUCAGAGACUGAAGGAAACAAUGAGGAGUCAGAGGACCAAGGGGACAAAGAAGAAGGGGAGGAGGGUGGUACGGCAGCAGAUACUGAGGCUGAGCUUCAGGUUGAGGAGACUCCAGUUGAGGAGAUGCAGGAGGAGGAGAAGGAGGAGGAGGCGGAGACUCCAGUUGAAGAGACUCCUGUUGAGGAGUUGCAGGAGGAAGCGGAGGAAGAAGCUGAGGAGAUGGAGGAAGUUGAGAUGGAGAAAGUUGAGGAGACUCCUAUUGAGGAGCUGAAGGAAGAAGCUGAGGAGGAGCAGGCUGAAGUGGAGGAGGAGGCUGAGGAAGAUGAAGCUGAAGAUGGUGCUGCUGAGGAGGAAGCUGAGGAGGAAACUGCUGAAAAUGAGGAGGAGCAGGGGGAAGUUGAGGAGCAGCAGGCAGCAGCUGAGGAGGAAGCUGAGGAGGAAACUGCUGAAAAUGAGGAGGAGCAGGAGGAAGUUGAGGAGCAGCAGGCAGCAGCUGAGGAGGAAGCUGAGGAGGAAACUGCUGAAAAUGAGGAGGAGCAGGAGGAAGUUGAGGAAGAGAAGGAGGAAGUUGAGAAGGAGAAGGAUGAAGCUGAGGAUGAGCAGGAGGAAGGGUUGGAGGAAGCUGAGGAAGAUACUGCUGAAAACGACGAUGCUGUUCAGAAAGAGCCAGCUGAUGAGGGGGAUGACGUCACAAGCAAAGGACAGUCUGAAGACGACGGUGAUGGUGAUGGACCUUCUGGGACAUCUAAAAAUAGCCUACAUUGUCAGCCCACCAAGUCUUCCAUGGAAUCACAACCAGGCUCACUUGACAAAGUCCUGGACGAAGAGGCAGAGAGAGAAUCCAACAGCGAGAAGAGUUCACAGACAGGUUCAGGGGAAGGGUCGGGCCACCUCCUCUCUGUGAAGAGCAACCAGAUGUACCCUACAGACACAGAGGACGAAAGCAGGGUGUCAGAAUACACAGAGACAGCCAGCGAGGUCCUCGACCGACAAGUCGUUUCCCCAAAGAAGAAGACUCCGAAGAAGUCUCCAGGAAGAUCUGUAAGGUCAAGCAAGGUCAAGGAAAGUGACAUUGAUCAAGACGAUCUUGACUUCUAAAACUUCACUAUAACAAUUACUGCUGCUUAAUAAUAAUCAAUCACUUGAUCAAAUAAUGAUCUAUCACUUGAUCAAAUAAUGAUCAAAGCACUUUAUUUCAGUACUACUCAUCACAUGGCACAGGACAGUUCAAACUUGAAAUAUAUACAGUACCAGUCAAAAGUUUGGACACACCUACACA